GGGAACGAUCUAUGGCAGAUGAUAAGAAGGUUCCCAUGUUACAAAGGACCAGUGGAAUUCAUACCAUUUGUAUGAAAAAAUAUGCAAAAUACGUGUGAACAAGGUGUCAAUGGAUUAAAGUGUUUGUUCACCAUUGCCAGAAGUCUGCCAAGCAAAAUAGGUGAGUUGGAAGCUUUGGUGCAUGAAGAGAAGUAUGGUUUAAUUGGUAUUGCAGAAUCUUGGCUUCAUCCUUCACAUGACUGGGCCAUUAAUAUUCCUGGCUAUGUCCUCUUUUGGAGAAACAGGGUAAAUAGGAAAGGUGGUAGUGUCUGUCUC